AUGGGCAAGGAUAUAUCUGGAUCUAAGGUCCUUCUUUUGGGCUCUGGUUUUGUUGCCAAACCCACCGUUGAUAUUCUGGACCAAGCUGGUGUCGAGGUCACCGUCGCCGCCAGAAACCUAGACAAGGCCCAGAAGCUUGCUUCCGGCGGAAAGCACACCAAGGCCAUCUCUCUCGAUGUCAACGACGCCGCCGCUCUGGACAAGGAGCUUGAGAAGGUCGAUCUCGUCAUCUCCCUCAUUCCCUACACCUACCACGCCCAGGUCAUCAAGGGCGCUAUUCGUACCAAGAAGAAUGUCGUGACGACUUCCUAUGUCUCUCCGGCCAUGCAGGAGCUGGAGGCGGAUGCUAAGAAGGCUGGUAUCACUGUCAUGAACGAGAUUGGCUUGGAUCCUGGUAUCGAUCACCUCUACGCAGUCAAGACAAUCACCGAAGUCCACGAAGCCGGCGGCAAAAUCACCUCCUUCCUCUCCUACUGCGGCGGUCUCCCCGCGCCCGAAGACUCCGACAACCCUCUCGGCUAUAAAUUCUCCUGGUCCAGCCGCGGCGUGUUACUGGCCCUCCGCAACACUGGCAAGUUCUACCGGGACGGCACCGAAUUCACCGUCGACGGAACCGAGUUGAUGGGUGAGGCAAAGCCGUACUUCAUCUACCCUGGAUACGCAUUCGUUGCAUACCCUAACCGUGACUCAACGCCUUACCGUGAACGAUACAAUAUCCCCGAAGCACAGACCGUUAUUCGCGGCACACUUCGUUACCAAGGAUUUCCCCAGAUGAUCAAGGUGCUUGUCGAUAUCGGCUUCCUUAGCGAGACCGAGUACGAUUUCCUCAAGACACCCAUCUCAUGGAAGGAGGCUACCAAGAAGAUUAUCGGCGCCAACUCGGAGAAGGAAGCUGAUCUCCUCGCAGCCAUCUCCUCCAAGACCACAUUCGCCGACAACGAUGAGCGUGACCGCAUCUUGGCUGGGUUGCGUUGGAUUGGUCUGUUUUCAGACGACCUCAUCACACCACGCAACAACCCGCUUGAUACCCUGUGCGCCACGCUUGAGCAAAAGAUGCAAUACGGGCCUGAGGAGCGGGACAUGGUUAUGCUGCAACACAAGUUCGAGAUUGAGAACAAGGAUGGCUCCCGCGAAACUCGCACUAGUACGCUGGUCGAGUACGGUGAUCCCAAGGGUUACUCUGCCAUGGCUAAAUUGGUAGGUGUCCCGUGUGGUGUGGCCGUCAAGUUUGUGCUUGAUGGUACCAUUAGUGAGAAGGGUGUUUUGGCGCCGAUGGGUAUGCAGCUUUGUGCCCCUCUAAUCAAGACUUUGAAAGAGGAGCAUGGUAUUGAGUUGAUUGAGAAGACUCUGUAA